UUCACUGUGGUGUUGUUACAUAAGGUGAACGAGUGCGUUCGUUGGAUUUUCCUCUGUGAUUUCCUUGAGUUUUCGUGUCGAUUAUAUAAUAAUUUUAUUUAUUUAAGGGUUAUUUCGUGAAAAUGGGUAAACACUUCGGAGAGCUUGCUAAGAUCCGAGGAUUGAUCACCUACAAACUAUCGCAUCACGAACAACGAGCAUACGCAGGAGCCAUCAAUGGAAUCCCAAACUUGUUUCGCAGAUUUCGGGAAAGUGUAUUUAGAGUAGCACCAGCAUUUGUCAUUAGCUAUCUAGUCUUUGAAGGAGUUGAAAGAGAGCACCACAGACUCAGCCGCAAAAAUCCUGCUGAUUUUGAAAAUGAUCAAUAAACAAUAUAUUAUGUAAAUAAAUUUUGAUCUUAGUUCAUUAUUUAAUUAAAUGUUACUUUUCAUUUA